UGGGUGGGGGCAAUAAACGGGGAUAUGCCGAAGGCCUGGGGUGACUACUGCGUUCCUUCAUUCUGUGCAGGGAGCCCUGCAAUCAUUGUUCCGGUGUGUGCCUAGCCACAGGGGCUGGAAGCAGCCGUGCUGUAGAGCUGAACAGACCCAACCGGACCCACCAUGGCAGCUUCCAACUGGACGACACCUCACCCCUCCACCUUCAUCCUCCCCGGCAUCCUGGGGCUGGAGGCAGCAAAUGUCUGGAUCUCCAUCCCCUUCUGCUCCGUCUACAUUCCGUCCCUCCUGGGGAACGGCCUCCUCCUGGCUGUUAUCAAGACUGAACCGAGCCUCCAUGAGCCCAUGUACCUUUUCCUUUCCUUGCUGGUGCUCGCCGACCUGGUCAUAUCCACCACCACCCUGCCCAAAACCCUCUGCAUUUUCUGGUUCAGGGACCAGGCCAUUCACACCAAUGCUUGCCUGGCCCAGAUUUAUUUGAUUCACUCAAUUAGUACCAUGGAGUCUGGGUUAAUGCUGGCCAUGGCCUUCAAUCGCUAUGUUGCUAUCUGUAACCCACUGCAACACUCGGCCAUCCUGACCAGUCAGGCCAUAGCCAAGAUAGGGCUGAGUGUUGUGAUGAGGGGAGUCCUGUUACUGGGCCCACACCCAUUCCUGCUGCAGUGGCUCCCAUACUGCAGGACCAAUGUCAUUUCUCACACCUAUUGUGAGUUCAUGGCACUGGUGAAACUGGCCUGUGUGGACACUACAGUCAUGACAGCCUAUAGUCUGGUUGUAGCAUUUUUCACCGGCGGCUUAGACCUGCUGCUGAUUGUCCUGUCCUACGUGAUGAUUCUCUGGGCCACCUUCAGACUCCCCUCCAAGGAGGCGCAGCGCAAGUCCCUCAGCACCUGCAGCUCCCACAUCUGUGUCAUGUUGGUGUUUUACACUCCUGCGUUCUUAGACUCAUAG